GCAUCUUAUUAGCAACCAGGGAGAUUUCUCCAUUUUCCUCUUGUCUACAGUGCGGCUACAAAUCUGGGAUUUUUUUAUUACUUCUUUUUUUUUUUAAAAAAAACUACACUUGGGCUCUUUUUUGUGCUCGACUUUUCCACCUUUUUCCCUCCCUCCUGCGCUGCUGCUUUUUGAUCUCUUCGACUAAAAUUUUUUUAUCCGGAGUGUAUUUAAUCGGGUCUCUUCUGUCCUCGCCACCCCCACCCCCUCCCUCCGGUGUGUGUGCCGCCGCCGCUGUUGCUGCUGCCGCUGCCGCUGCUGCUCGCCCCGUCGUUACACCAACCCAAGGCUCUUUGUUUCCUCUCUUGGAUCUGUUGAGUUUCUUUGUUGAAGAAGCCAGCAUGGGUGCCCAGUUCUCCAAGACCGCAGCAAAGGGAGAAGCCGCCGCGGAGAGGCCCGGGGAGGCGGCUGUGGCCUCGUCGCCUUCCAAAGCAAAUGGGCAGGAGAAUGGCCACGUCAAAGUGAACGGGGACGCGUCGCCCGCGGCCGCCGAGCCGGGCGCCAAGGAGGAACUGCAGGCCAACGGCAGCGCCCCGGCCGCCGACAAGGAGGAGCCUGCGGGCAGUGGCGCCGCGUCCCCCUCGGCGGCCGACAAAGACGAGGCGGCCGCGGCGGCCCCCGAGCCGGGUGCAGGCGCCGCCGAGAAGGAGGUCGCCGAGCCCGAGCCCGCCGAGCCCGGGUCCCCUGCCGCCGAGGCCGAGGCUGCCUCUGCCUCCUCCACGUCGUCGCCCAAGGCAGAGGACGGGGCCGCGCCGUCGCCCAGCAGCGAGACCCCGAAAAAAAAAAAGAAGCGCUUUUCUUUCAAGAAGUCCUUCAAGCUGAGCGGCUUCUCCUUCAAGAAGAACAAGAAGGAGGCGGGCGAGGGCGCUGAAGCCGAGGGCGCCACCGCCGACGGCGCCAAGGACGAGGCGACGACAGCAGCGGCGACGAGCGAGGCGGGCGCGGCCCCCGGGGAGCAGGCGGGCGGGGCGGGCGCCGAGGGCGCUGCGGGCGGAGAGGCGCGGGAGGCCGAGGCGGCGGAGGCCGAGCAGCCCGAGCAGCCCGAGCAGCCGGCGACACAGGAGCCGCCGGCCGAGGAGCCGUCGGAGGCCGCGGGGGAGAAGGCCGAGGAGCCCGCGCCCAGCGCCUCCACCGCCGCCGCCACCGCGGGCGACGCGCCCUCUACCGCCGGGCCCGAGCAGGAGGCGCCCGUCGAGGAAGCCGCGGCCUCCGCGGCCCCCACCGCGUCGCCGGAGCCGCAGCCCGAGUGCAGUCCGGAGGCAUCCGCCGCACCCGCCGCGGCCGAGUAAGCGCGAGCCUCUUACGUCAUCGAAGAACUUUUCCCCUCGUUUGUUUGUUGGAGUGGUGCCAGGUACUGGUUUUGGAGAACUUGUCUACAACCAGGGAUUGAUUUUUAAAGAUGUCCUCUUUUUUUUUGUUUUAAUUUUACAUUUUUUUAAGCAGCAAAUUUUGUUCAUUCUUUUUUUUGCCCCCUUUCCCACAGAUCCCAUCUCAGAGCAUUGUUACCACCAUUCCGACAGGUCGAGGACAGUGUAGACAGCUUCCUCUGCCUUCUUUCUUCUUUCUUUAUUUUUAAUUUUUUUUGCAUCAGUAUUAAUGUUUUUUGCAUACUUUGCAUCUUUAUUAAAAAAUGUAAACUUUCUUUGUCAAAUCUAUGGACAUGCCCAUAUAUGAAGGAGAUGGGUGGGUCAAAAAGGAAUAGCAAAUGAAGUGAUAGGGGCCACUAUGGGAAAUUGAAGCAGUGCACAACAUUGCCAAGAUAAUAUGCCACUAGAAAUGAUGGUGUAAAGGCUUAGGGUUUUUGUUUUGUUUUGUUUUUGUUUUUUAAAGAAAAAUUAUUACGAUGUAUUUUGUGAGGCAGGUUUACAACACUACAAGUUUUGAAUAAGAAGGAAAGAGGAAAAAAUAAAAACACCAAUACCCAGAUUUAAAAAAAAAAAAAAGAUCAUAGUCUUAGGAGUUCAUCUAAACGAUAGGAACUUCUUGCUUAUCUCAUGUUAGCUGUACCGGUCAGUGAUUACGUAGAAUUACAAGUUGUAUAGGCUUUAUUGUUUAUUGCUGGUUAUGACCUUAAUAAAGUGUAAUUAUGUAUUACCAGCAGGGUGUUUUUAACUGUGACUAUUGUAUAAAAACAAAUCUUGAUAUCCUUCAGAAGCACAUGAAGUUUGCAACUCUCCGCCCUGCCCAUUUUUGUAAAACUUCAGUCAUCUUGGACCUUUUAAACACAAAUUUGAAACUCAACCAAGCUGUGAUAAGUGGAAUGGUUACUGUUUAUACUGUGGUAUGUUUUUGAUUACAGCAGACAAUGCUUUCUUUUCCAGUUGUCUUUGAGAAUAAAAGAGAAACAAAUCUUCAGAUGCAAUGGUUUUGUGUAGCAUCUCGUCUACCGUGUUUUGUAAAUACUGGAGGAGCGUUGACCAAUUUGGCGUAGAGCUGGAAUGUAACUUUCCUUACAGACAUUGCUAUUCAACUCCUGCUUAAGGUGUUCUAAUUUUCUGUGAGCACACUAAAAGCAAAAAAAUAAAUGUGAAUAAAAUGUACAAAUUUGUUGUGUUUUUUUAUGUUCUGAGACUGACUUCUAGGUCUUAGGUAAACUUUUAGGAAGACCUUGCAUGCCAUCAAGUACAUUUGGUUGUGGUUUCUGAUAUGACGUUUUCAAGCUCUGAAAUCAUAAAUCAGCGUCAGAUUACAUAUGUAGGGAGAUCUACUGUGUCAGUUGUUACCACGUAUCUGCUUUUAGUUUGCAUUUAAAAGUUGACAGUUACUUUGUCUGUAGUUAUAGCAUGCCAGAUUAAAUCAUGUAAGACGAAAGUGGUUCGACCCUAAGACUAGAAUGUCUUAUAAGACUAUUUCAUAAACCAUUUUCUUGUCAUGCAGGUCCAGAAACUUAAAUUGUUUGAUCAAUCCAAGUGUUGAGUUUAGGCUGCACAUUAGUCAUGAAAAGAUGGCCGGACAUGUUUAAAUGUUGGUGGUAUAUGACCUGCUAGUGUAAGACUUAGCAUAUGGCUAAUUUCCAAAUUAUUGCCUAAAUGAUAUGCUACACUUUAAGAAAUAGGUUUCUAUAUGGAAGUAAUGGUGUUGAAUGGACAGCAUUGUCAAUGUAUGGGCCAUCUGCAUAGCUGCAAGCUUUUUUUUUAAAAUGUCAGCAUCUUGUUUUUCAAAAGGAAAAGAUGCUUUAUAUAUUAAUUAUUACUAGUUUAUUUUAUACUUUUUUUCCAUCUCAUAACUAGAUAUUUUUACUGGACCCUAACUGAUUGAGGUUAUGGCUGUUGCUAUAUUAAAUGCAAAAUAGUCCACCUGUUGUGCUGUUCUUGAGCAGGGUGGGGUUCAGGAUAACGCUGAACCACACCUGUGGUAGCACCUCAAGAUUACAUCGUAUUAAUAAGGAAUAAUAGCUUAGCUUUUCGAUAACGCUCCUAUAAUUGAGGUGACGGAACACGUUUAAUGGUUCCUUUGCUUUCUAAACACCCUCCCCACUAAUGAAACCAAGUAACAUUUGGAAAGAGGAAACUUGAUCCUGAGUUUUGGAAGAUUAAAGUCAAACCUGGUAACCAAAGGACUGAUUUGUGGGUCUUUCCCACCUUAACCAACUUGUUCGAAAAUCCCUAGUUGGUCAAGUAUGGUGCCUGGCAUGUCGUAGGACUCAACUGAAAUGAAUUUUGAAAAAUAACUCCUGAAGUGAUUAGUGAAGAACACUGUGUAGAAAAUGAUUCUAUAUUGCUAGGUUCUUUUAACAGCUGGGGUUUAUUAAGAUGCAUUAUUUCCAUUCUAAUCACUGCCUAAAAUACUCUGGGUGGUAUUAUUGGAGUGGCGGAUUUUCCUCCAAGUGACUAAAUGCAAUUUGACAUACUUUUCAUCCAAAGUUUUGUACAUCCUGUUGUUUUCUAAUGGAAAAAAAUGUUAAUAUGGCUUUUUUGUACUACUAAAAAUAGCUUUGAGAUUAAGGAAAAUAAAUAACUCUUGUACAGUUCA